AGUGAAAAGCACGCACAAUAAACUUUCUGUUAUCACUCUAAAUACUCUUUCAACAGUUUUUCAAUCUAUUUAUUUAUGUCUUUUCAAGGGAAUAUUAGAAUAUAAACUAUUACAUACACUUCUUUUCAACCCUUCACCUUCACUAUAGGCUCAUUGAACUAGAGUAUAUAUUUAGCUUCCCACCAACACUUCUUCAUCCUACUAGACCAAGUCACCGGCUAACAUGAAAGGUUACAAUGAUAUGAUAUUUUAGACAUUGUAGAGUUAAGAGUUUUGGCACUUAGCAGGGUGGUUAGCCAGUUAGGGAAGAUUAGAUCAUUAUAAUGAUACUCUCUAUCCGAAAAUUAUCGGAUGAAGUAGGUUUGGUGCUUUUGUGAGUUUGACUUUCAUUAGGGGUUAUGGGUUGUACUUUUUUUUUUUUUUAUUUCAAAUAAAGGAUAUUCCUCUACUGGCAAGAGGGUGAUGAGAACUGAAGGCAAAAGAGAAAGCCUUCGACUAUUAGGAUAACUUAUGAUUCUUUAUAGGUUGUACUUAGGGUAGUUUAAGAGGGCAUUUGUUUCAUGUACACUACCAAUACACUUUAAAAGAAAGACGGUACAAUUGAAUAACAUAAUACAUCAAGAAUGUAAAUUUCAUGCUUCUUAAUGUAGCUUACCUCUUCGUUGUGGAUGCAGAGACAAGUAUGGAUGGCAUGAAAAGCGCGGCACAUAAGCUUGCACACAUAGAUGAAAAUGGUCCUGCAAAAUGGCUUCCGACAUCUGUCCCUCCACCGGAGACACCAACUGAGUCCAUGGAGUUCUUGGCAAGAUCGUGGAGUGUUUCAGCCACAGAGCUCUCCAAGGCCCUCUCUACCAACUAUAUCAUGCCGAAAAAGCCUGAGAAGACAGCAUUUGGUUUUCUUAGUGAUGAACUGAAUAUCAAUGUCAGAGAUACCGUGAUACCCAAUGAUUAUCAAGUGGAAUCGCUACGAAAUGGAGAGAGUCCUCCAAUUUCUCCAAGACUGAGUGAUGAAACAAAGGAACUGUUCUUACUUCAUCAAGCACUGCACCCCGAGUUCCUGUCCAAUCAACAGCUGCUAAGAAAGGGGCUAUGUAAAAGCAUCAUAAAAGGACGGACAAUGGGAAGGCGCAUGAAAGAUCAAAAGGAGAAAAAGAAACAUGAAAUGAGAACUCACAAUGCACAGCUACAUGCUGCAGUGUCUGUAGCAGGAGUAGCUGCUGCUGUGGCAGCUUUAACGGCUUCAAAUGCAACGUCGACUGAAAUAUCAUCUGGACAACCAAAGAUGCCAUCUAAGCCGACUACUGCCCUUGCAUCUGCUGCUGCACUAGUAGCAUCACACUGCAUUGAAAUUGCAGAGGAAAUGGGAGCUGAUCACCAUCAGAUCCUGUCAGCUGUUAAUUCUGCAAUAAAUGCAAGGACGAAUGGUGAUAUCAUGACCUUAACAGCAGGAGCAGCAACUGCACUAAGAGGAGCUGCAACCCUCAAGGCAAGGUUACAGAAGGGUUAUGGAGCAGCAGGUCUUACUCUAAGUGAAGAACAAUCUGAAGAGGGCAGAGAAUCACACUCAACGACUGCUAUGAACUUUGCAAUGCAGGGUGGAGAGCUUUUAAAACGUACAAGAAAAGGUGAUUUACACUGGAAACAAGUGUCAUUCAGCAUAAAUUCGACAUUGGAGAUAGUUGUUAAACUAAAAAGCAGGCAUAUGGCAGGUGCAUUCACAAAAAAGAAGAAAUUUAUAGUGACUGGAGUAUACUCCGAUAUUUCAGCAUGGCCUGGCAGAGAGCGAGAAGACAGUAGCGAGCAGAGAGCUUACUUCGGGAUACAAACAUCAGAUAGGGUUAUAGAAUUUGAAUGCAAAAACAAAGGAGAAAAACACAUGUGGACUGAUGGGAUACAAAAUUUAUUGAAUUGUCACAUUAAUAUGUAAAGUAUGCCUGUAAGAGUUAUGUUACAUUACAAUUUGGCUGAUGUAAAACUAAAAUUUCUAUGAUUGAGUGCAACAUAAAAUUAAAA